AAAAAAUUAAAGCAGUUGAGAAAAGCUCUACCUCCGGAGAAGCCGGCAUCCAACGACCUAUACCUCCGGCGACAUAGCAACGCUUUAAUUUCUUGGUUUCUUUGUCCCCUUCCUCAUCUCACGGAGAAAUCCGCUUCCGUCCACCUCUCUUACUCCGGCGAACCAGCUUCCGUCGAUGAACCAGGGUAGCUGAUAGAAUCGCGAUCCUGUUUAUUCACCCCAAUAACUCAAUUUAAGGAGCCCGAUGGCUCAGUAGGAUUCUGAUUGUGUUGAAGAGUUUCCGAAUUUGAGCUGAAGAAGAAAUGGAGCCCAGGCGGCAUGUAUUCUCGGUCGACCUGCUGGAGAGGCACGCCGCCAAGGGACGUGGAGUGAUUACAUGUAUGGCCGCCGGGAAUGACGUCAUUGUGCUGGGUACGAGCAAAGGCUGGGUCAUCCGCCACGAUUUUGGCGUCGGCGAUUCCUUUGAUAUUGAUCUGUCUGUUGGGAGACUCGGGGAGCAGUCGAUCCACAGGGUUUUUGUUGAUCCUGGUGGCAGUCACUGCAUUGCAACUGUAGUUGGUGGUGGAACUUCAGAUACUUUUUAUACUCAUGCAAAGUGGGCUAAGCCUCGCAUUUUGAGCAAAUUAAAAGGUCUCAAUGUGAACGCUGUUGCUUGGAAUAAGCAGCAUAUUACAGAAGCAUCCACGAGAGAAAUUAUUCUUGGAACAGACAACGGCCAACUUCAUGAAGUUGCUGUAGAUGAGAAGGAUAAGAAAGAAAAGUACAUCAAAUUCUUGUUUGAACUCAAUGAACUUCCUGAAGCUUUCACAGGGUUACAGAUGGAAAUUACUGGCACGAAUAAUGGAACUAGAUAUUAUGUGAUGGCGGUUACUCCUACCCGACUUUAUUCAUUCACUGGAAUAGGCUCGUUGGAAUCUGUUUUUGCCAGCUAUGCAGAACGUGCAGUUCACUUCAUGGAACUUCCUGGUGAAAUUCCAAACAGGCAAGUCAAUCACUUGGAAAUUGAGCUGCAUUUUUUCAUCAAGCAGAGAAGAGCAAUACAUUUUGCAUGGCUAUCUGGAGCAGGAAUCUAUCAUGGUGGCCUUAAUUUUGGAGCACAACACAGUUUACCAAAUGGGGACGAGAACUUUGUGGAGAACAAAGCUCUCCUGGAUUAUUCUAAGCUAGGUGAAAGUGUGCUGGUCAAACCUAGGUCCCUGGCAGUGUCUGAAUUCCAUUUCCUUCUUCUGGUGGGGAACAAGGUUAAGGUUGUUAAUAGGAUCAGUGAGCAGAUUGUUGAAGAGCUUCAUUUUGAUCAAGUACCUGAUGCAGUUUCAAGUGGGAUUCUAGGUUUAUGCAGUGACGCAUCUGCUGGACUUUUCUAUGCAUAUGACCAGAAUUCCAUCUUUCAGGUGUCGGUGAAUGAUGAAGGUCGGGAUAUGUGGAAAGUGUAUUUAGAAUUGAAGGAAUAUGCUGCGGCUUUGGCAAAUUGUCGUGAUGCCCUACAAAGGGAUCAAGUCUAUCUCGUUCAGGCUGAAGCUGCUUUUACUGCAAAAGAUUUUCUCAGAGCGGCUUCCUUUUACGCAAAGAUUAACUUUGCCUUGUCAUUUGAAGAGAUCACUUUGAAGUUUAUAAGCAUAGGCGAACAGGAUGCCUUGAGGACAUUUUUGUUGCGGAAGCUUGACAAUUUUGCAAAGGAUGACAAGUGUCAAAUAACAAUGAUUUCCACAUGGGCAACUGAGUUAUAUUUAGAUAAGAUUAAUCGACUACUUUUGGAAGAUGACGCUGUGACUGAUUCUUCAAAUUCAGAAUAUCAAUCAAUCAUCACAGAGUUCCGUGCCUUUUUGAGUGACUGCAAAGAUGUAUUGGAUGAGGCUACCACCAUGAAACUGCUGGAAAGCUAUGGCAGAGUUGAUGAAUUGGUUUUCUUUGCUAGUCUUAAGGAACAACAUGAAAUUGUGGUGCAUCAUUAUAUUCAGCUUGGGGAGGCAAAGAAAGCGCUGCGAGUUCUUCAGAAACCUAAUGUUCCUACAGAGCUUCAGUACAAGUUUGCCCCUGACCUUAUCAUGCUUGAUGCAUAUGAAACUGUUGAAGCAUGGAUGAUCACAAAAGACCUGAACCCAAGAAAGCUCAUUCCUGCAAUGAUGCGUUAUUCAAGCGAACCACAUGCAAAGAAUGAAACUCAUGAAGUGAUAAAGUAUCUGGAGUAUUGUGUUCAUCGUUUGCAGAAUGAGGAUCAUGGUGUUCACAAUUUGUUACUCUCUUUAUAUGCCAAGCAGGAGGACGAGAGUGCUCUUUUGCGUUUUCUUCAAUGCAAGUUCGGAAAGGGGCAGCCAAAUGGCCCUGAAUUUUUCUAUGACCCAAAAUAUGCAUUGCGCCUCUGUCUGAAGCAAAAACGGAUGCGUGCAUGUGUCCACAUAUACAGCAUGAUGUCUAUGCAUGAAGAAGCAGUUGCUCUUGCUCUGCAGGUUGAUCCGGAGCUUGCUAUGGCUGAAGCUGAUAAGGUAGAAGAUGAUGAAGAUUUGAGAAAGAAACUUUGGCUUAUGGUUGCCAAGCAUGUCAUUGAACAGGAGAAGGGAACAAAGAGGGAGAACAUCCGAAAGGCCAUAGCUUUUCUCAAGGAAACUGACGGGCUUCUGAAAAUCGAGGAUAUCUUACCUUUCUUUCCUGAUUUUGCAAUGAUUGAUGAUUUCAAGGAAGCAAUAUGCUCAUCUCUGGAGGACUAUAACGAGCAAAUUGAAAAACUCAAACAGGAGAUGAAUGAUGCAACACACGGUGCGGACAACAUAAGGAACGAUAUAAGUGCACUUGCACAAAGAUACGCCGUCAUUAAACGGGAUGAGGAAUGCGGGGUUUGUAGGAGAAAAAUUUUAAAUAUGGCCAUCGAUUAUAGGAUGGCUAGGGCUUAUACUUCAGUUGGAUCUAUGGCUCCUUUCUAUGUCUUCCCGUGCGGACAUUCCUUUCACGCUCACUGCCUGAUUGCCCACGUGACUCGAUGCACUACUGAAGCUCAAGCUGAAUACAUACUGGAUUUGCAAAAGCAGCUGACUUUACUAGGAAAUGAACCGAGGGGAGAAAUGAACGGAGGGUUAACAGACGAGGAACCCAUAACGAGCAUGAGUCCUGCAGAAAAGAUACGGUCACAGCUGGACGAUGCCAUAGCUAGUGAGUGCCCGUUUUGUGGUGAUCUAAUGAUCCGCGAGAUAUCUUUGCCUUUUAUACUUGCGGAGGAAGUUGACGAAGUCGAGUCGUGGGAAAUAAAGCCACAGAACAUUGGGACUCAGAAGAGCAUAUCAUUAAGUGCAUGAUCUAAUUCUUUGCUUGAACCCUGCUAGGGAAAAACAGAGGGCACAAUUUACGAGUUGGCUAAAGAGAUGUACCACAUUUGUUAAGUCUCUCUCUCUCUCUAUGUGUGUUGAUUUUAUGCUCCAUUUCCUCUGUUUUCCCUCCCAAUUUCGUUUCUAGUACAUGAUACGUUUAUUUGUUGGGUGAUUUUCCCAGGAGAUAUAGGAUAUGACAGUUGUAUGAGGCCCAUUCGUUGUGAUGCACACACCCCAUGUGUGUUUUAUGUGUGUGUGUGUGUAGAUUUUUCUUCUUAUUUUCCCACUGAUCUCGAAGUUUGCUGAAAAUGUGCCCAUAUAGUGUUUUUCUACUUUCCAGCGACAUUUCUGAAUGGUGUAGAAUGCAUAUAAACUUAUUUUUCUCUGGUUGUUAUAAUAAUAAUAAUACAUAAACUGUCUCUAUAUAUAAAUGCAUAGUUUUUCGAGCAUGUGUAUCAAAUUUUUGUAAUUCUAUGUGUUGAGUUUUG